UUACUCCAUUACAUUUUGUCGGAUUGACCUCAAUGGUUACAGCUUGUUUUUUUUUCUUUUGCUCUGUUAUCAAGCUGGUGACAGAAACAACAAUUUUUGGAAUAGAUGUUAUGAACAACUAUUUUUUUGCCCCUUCCAAGUUUGUCAGAAAACUGAAGUAAAAAAACAUUUCAACAUGCUAGCUACAGGAACUUGGGUCUACGGAGAGUUGCUUCCAGAGCUGGAGGGUCAACAGGGCUGGAAACUCUGUUUGCACCACAGAGACUUUGAACCAGGUAAGCCCAUUGUAGAAAACAUCACAGAUGCCAUCUAUAACAGCAGGAAGACUAUCUGUGUGAUCAGCCAGCAUUACCUGCAGAGUGAGUGGUGCUCCAGAGAAAUCCAGAUGGCCAGCUUCCGUCUGUUCGAUGAACAUAAGGAUGUGUUGAUCAUGGUGUUUCUGGAGGACAUACCAGCCAAGCAGCUGUCUCCGUACUACCAAAUUAGGAGUCUGGUGAAGAAGCGCAGCUACCUGAGUUGGCCACAGGCUGUUCAGCACACUGGAGUCUUCUGGCAGAAAAUACAACAAGCUCUCAAGAGAGAAGAAAACCCUGCUGAGCACAGGCACCUCCUCACUGGACACUAGAGAGUCAUCCAGUGAGAUUUACCCAGGUGGAAAAAUCAUAGAUUGUAUAUCAAUCAAUCAAUCAAUCAAGUCAAAAUGCUGUGAAACUGGACCCCUUCUGACCAUAGACACAUAGCACAAACAUCACAUUGGAAGACAGGUUGGAGAGAGGUAGAAUGAUAAGAACAACAAUGAAAAAUAAACAACAUCAGGGACAAGAGGAGGAAAAACAAACUCUACUCAAACUGAGCUAAUAACUGGUAGAGCAGUUUGAGGACAGUAAAAAAAACACCUCAGCGCAGAAAAGCACAUGAAUCUUCACAUCUUAUACCAUGUAAGAAGGAUGCGACAUGCAAUGGGGGGUAGCCAUCGCCAGCUUAUUGCAAACAAACUGCAUUCCAAUUUCACUUCAAUUUCAAUGGUUCUAGAAGGGAAAACAGCUGCCUUGACAAACAGCUGUGCUGCCUUGACCUGUGACCUCAGUGAACACUUUCUGGUCUGGUGGACUUUCCUGGAGUGCCAUCUGCUAUUUACUAUUUCUUUUUCUUUCUUUUUUU